GAAAUUUUAUACGACUUACUGAAUAUGUCAAAAGUUUCGUAGAAGAAGCAAGCAGAAAGAUCCAGAAUGCUGAAAUGUGUGAAGAAGAGUUCCAGGAGUUCAAGUUGCUUGCGGAAUUCUAUCGGGAAAUUGCGAAUGAAGUAAGAAGAAAGAAACCUCAUUGGUUAAAAGAAGAAAUUAAGAUGGAACAAGAGACACUUACCUCAGGAAAACAAUGCCAGCCUAAUACUCCAGAAAGAAAGAAGCGAACAAGACACUUGGCGAAAGGAAGAGCCCAAACCCCCAAUAAUACGAGAAGCUAUGUAAAGGAAGAAAAAAAUAGAUUAGUAAACAAGAAAACCAAUGUGUCCAAGUGGUAUUUAAAAUUGGCUCAAAGUGAUUAUUCACCUGGACAACGCUAUGAUAAAGCGAUGUGCACAAUCAGGAACAAAAAGACCGAACAUAUCGAAGUUGAAAAAGGUGAACGAAUUAGAGUUGGAAGAAACGAAAAACUAGCAUGGGAAUGGUAUUCGAAAUCUAUUGAAGAUGGACGACAAAUCCCGUUGGAAAACCUGGACCAGGCUUGUGAAGACUAG